AUGGUGGUUACCCUGUGGCCUUGUUCCCGGCCUCCAGGCCUUGCUACCCGGCCUCCACGCCUUGCUCCCGGCCUCCAGGCCUUGCUCCUGACAUCCACGACUUGCUACUCGGCCUCCAGGCCUUGCUACCCGGCCUCCACGCCUUGCUCCCGGCCUCCAGGCCUGGUUCCCGGCCUCCACGCCUUGCUCCUGACAUCCACGCCUUGCUACUCGGCCUCCAGGCCUUGCUACCCGGCCUCCAGGCCUUGCUACCCGGCCUCCAGGCCUUGCUACCCGGCCUCCACGCCUUGCUACCCGGCCUCCACGCCUUGCUCCCGGCCUCCACGCUUUGCUACCGGCAUCCACGUCUUGCCCCCGGCCUCCACGCUUUGCUCUCGGCCUCCACGCCUUGCUACCCGGCCUCCACGCCUUGCUACCCGGCCUCCACGCCUUGCUACCCGGCCUCCACGUCUUGCCCCCGGCCUCCACGCUUUGCUCUCGGCCUCCACGCCUGGCUACCCGGCCUCCACGCCUUCCUACCCGGCCUCCACGCCUGGCUACCCGGCCUCCACGCCUUGCCCCCGGCCUCCACGCCUUGCCCUCGGAUUCAACUGUGUCCUCUACUGA